AUGUCGACAUCGUUGGAACCUUUUGAUAAUUUUAAAACGACUUUUCAUAAAACAUUUUCUCAUCAACCUUGUCUUGUUAUUGAAGUAGUACAAUCAAAUUUACCACCAUCACCAUGGUCUGGAAAUAAUAAUAAUAAUACACAAAUUUGUUGUCAACCAUAUUUUGAUCCGAGUAAAAAUGGUGGUGGUUAUGAAAUAGCUUUUUAUGAUAAUGGUUAUGCGUAUUAUGAAGCAUUAGAAGGUGAUCGUUUUCGAAAACGUCUUGAACGUUAUAAUCCACAAAUGGAAUUUCAAGAUUUUAAAAAAGUUUUAGAAAAAAUGAAACAAAUAUUCGAAGAAUCAUCAACAAAUAAAAAUGAUAAUCAAAUUAUUGUACAAUUGCUCAAUGAUGAUGUAUUAAUUGUUGAAAUCAAAGGUCGUAUUAAAUCAUCAAUUCCUUUUACUUAUAUGUUUCAAUGUCAACGACGUGAAGGCGAAUUUUAUGAAGCAAAUUAUGUUCGUCAAAUUGUUUAUGGUCUAGCUGAACGUAAAAGUCGUGAACUUGAAUUAAUUAAACUUAUUCAAGCUAAAGACAAAGAACUUGAUGAUUAUCGUUCUCAAGGUAUAUGUCAAUUACAACGUUCAUGGCUUGCAACACAACCAUUUGAUAAAGAAGAUUUUGAUAAAUCAACAUCUCGACAAGUUCAACAACGACAUGAUGAUGUUUUAAUGCAUACACUUGAUUUAGCAUUUGAUCGUGAAGGACAACAAUUAAUUGAAGAAUGUCUAUUAAGAAAUGAAUAUCGAAAACGAGCAUAUCCAUCUCAAGAUAAUACUAGUUCAACAAAAAAGAAUCUUUCAUCACAAAAAUCGACACCACAUAAACAACAAUCAACUUUAAGUCAACCAUUAACUGAAGAACAAAUUGAUGCUGAACGACGUCGACAUAAAGAACUUGAAGAACGACUUCGAUCAGAAAGAGAACGUGAUGAACAAAUAGCAAGAAAGAAAAAGAAAAAAUUCGUUUAA